GCGCGCACUCGAGGCUAGGCUGGCGGAACCGGGCGAGCGGGAGGAGGGGGAGGGGAGGUGCACUGGGGAGGCUCCGCCGCGCGCCGCCCUUUUGCAGCAGCUGCUCCCGCGCGCGCCGCCUGGCUCGGGCCUGCUAGGCUGCCUCGCGCCACUCGGGGCAGUCCCGACAGGAAAGGGCCGCCUUCUCGGCGGCGGCCGAGGGCGCUCUCCGGUGGGAAGCGGUUGCUUUCGGCGCCCGAGAUUGCCGCAGCGCCCCCACCCCGCCUUCCUUCCUUCCGUUGUCCGCCGCCCCCCAUUUGACGAACGAGCGCGAGCGGCGGCUGCGGGACCAGCAGCGCCUUUCGCCCCGUUCCCGCGCGCGCGGGCCUUGCUGGGCUCCGCCUCUUCGGUGGCGGGCGGAAUAGGACGGGGGAGCCGCGCGUGUGAGGCGAGGGUGCGCUCCACUCCGCUGCAGCCCCGUCUUAGCGGGGGCACAGGCAUCGUCCCCGAACGGGCACUAGCACGCAUGCACCGAGUAUGCACCGUGCACGUCUGCUCCAUGGUUACUCGCGCGCUGCUCGCUUGCUUGCCGGAGGAGGAGUUGUGUUCCAGUACGUGCACGCCGCGAAUGCACGCUCUUGCUCGCCUAUAGAGGAAAAAAUCGCCAUCGGUUCAGUACGAAACAAAUAGGAAUCGGGACUGACUCAUAAUGGUUGUCGCGGUGUUGAUUUCCGAGUUCAGGGUCCUCAGGAUAAAGGUUAACCUACCGUCAACAUUUUGUUCAGAUAUUAAGAAAAAAAUCCUUCAUUGUUCAUGGAGUUUUUCCUCAGUAUGUCUGAAACCAUUAAAUAUAAUGACGACGAUCACAAAACUGUAUUUCUGAAAACAUUAAAUGAGCAGCGAUUGGAAGGAGAAUUUUGUGACAUCGCUAUUGUUGUUGAAGACGUGAAAUUCAGGGCCCACAGGUGUGUGCUUGCUGCUUGUAGUACCUAUUUUAAAAAGCUUUUCAAAAAACUCGAAGUUGACAGCUCAUCAGUAAUAGAGAUUGAUUUCCUUCGGUCAGAUAUAUUUGAGGAAGUGCUAAAUUAUAUGUACACAGCCAAGAUUUCAGUUAAAAAAGAAGACGUUAAUUUAAUGAUGUCGUCUGGUCAGAUUCUCGGGAUUAGAUUCUUGGACAAACUCUGUUCUCAGAAACGUGAUGUUUCUAGUCCGGAAGAUAAUUCGCAAUCAAAAAAUAAGUACUGUCUUAAAAUAAACAGAUCAAUGGGUGAAUCUAAUGAUAACCAAGACGAUGAGGUUGAAGAAAUUGGAGAUCAUGAUGAUAGCCCAUCAGAUAUGACAAUGGAAGGAACCCCUCCCAGUCAAGAAGAUGGCAAGUCACCAACUGCGACUCUGAGAGUUCAGGAAGCAAUUCUGAAAGAGCUGGGCAGUGAAGAGGUUCGAAAAGUGAACUGCUACGGUCAGGAAGUAGAGUCCAUAGACACUGCCGAAACAAAAGAACUAGGAUCUCAAACUCCUCAAGCUCUAGCAUUUAACGAUGGCAUCAGUGAAGUCAAGGAUGAACAGACGCCAGCAUGGACAACAGCAGCUGGCGACAUGAAAUUUGAAUAUUUGCUUUAUGGUCACAGAGAGCAGAUUGCAUGUCAGGCAUGUGGCAAAACAUUUUCAGACGAAGCACGAUUGAGAAAACAUGAAAAACUUCAUACUGCGGAUAGACCCUUUGUUUGUGAAAUGUGCACUAAAGGCUUUACCACCCAAGCCCAUUUGAAAGAGCAUCUAAAGAUCCACACAGGCUAUAAGCCAUAUAGCUGUGAAGUAUGUGGGAAGUCUUUCAUUCGUGCUCCAGACCUAAAGAAGCACGAGAGGGUUCACAGUAACGAACGGCCGUUUGCCUGCCACAUGUGCGACAAAGCUUUCAAGCACAAGUCUCACCUGAAAGACCACGAAAGAAGACACAGAGGGGAAAAGCCUUUUGUCUGUGGUUCUUGUACUAAAGCAUUUGCCAAAGCAUCUGAUUUAAAGAGACAUGAGAACAAUAUGCACAGCGAAAGGAAACAAGUAACCACAACCAGUGCUCUCCAAAGUGAAACAGAACAAUUACAGGCAGCAGCUAUGGCUGCGGAGGCAGAACAACAGCUGGAAACUAUAGCUUGUAGUUAAAAGCAGAAGAAUCCACAAGUUCAAAAAUGUUUGGUCUGAUAACUCACCAUUGGAAAAAGUAUUUUUUAAGGGAUUUUGAGAGUAGAAAUAUAGUUUGAAAUUUGCAGCAAAGAACUACCCUAUCAGUGACGUUAAACAUGGGAGAAGGCUUUGAUUUAGGCAACAGUCCAGGCAUAAAUCAAAAACAGAGUCAGACUCUAGCCAGUAUUUUACUCCUCUUAAAACUCUGGGUUUCAUUGCAUGUCUAGUAAACUCUACGCAUGUGGAAUGGAAGGCCUUACACUCCAAUGCACAGGGAAAUUACACUAAAAUAUUUCAAUUUAAACUUUAUGUUCCAUUGAUUUCAGUUGCUUUGGCACCCCAAUCAUAAGUAUGCUUCCUGUGAUCAAGGGAAUCUCUAAAUACCUUAGAGAUUGUCCAUUCAGGAUGGUGACAAGUGACAGGAAAAGCUGCUGAACCAAAAGGUGUGCCCAUUAGGGAUUCACUGGAUUGCAGCUGUUAAUGUGGAAGUAAGCCUCAUGGAUUUCAGUGGAAAUUUGUUCCAUGUAAGUAUGUCACUCCAAGUCUUUUGGUUCCAUCGGCCUGAAGAUUGGGCUAUUAAUGAGUAUUUGAACAGUUUAAAUAAAUAAUGUCUGCUACAACAGUUUUUUUUACUUUGAAAUUAUGAAUUACAAUGAGUGCAAAAAAUCAUUUUAAAAUAAGAAAUGUAUUGUUGUCCCUCUAACCAAAACUCAUGAAGGUAUGACUUUAGUCUUUAUAUAAUAGCUCUUUGCAGUUGUCUGUUAAUCCACUGUGAUGGUCACUACAAGUUUUUAAUGUAGCUGUGUGGGCAUCUGAACACUGGGAAUUAUCUUGUUUCCUCAGCUGGUGAGUUGGUGUAUCCCAAGGUCAUUAGAACCACUCUCUGUCUUGCAGAUGUUUUUCCUCCCUGGCCCGCCUUACCUAUGUGCCUGCAUUUUGCUUUGCUAUUCCUGUCUUCAGCUCAAGACAAAAAUAACAGUUGUCUUUGUCUUAUUUUAGGAGGCCUUUAAUUGUAUUCUGUUAGGGAGCCUAGCCCUAAGAAAAUGGAAAUGGCAGGGAACAGCUGUUGCACUGCUGCUUACAGUUGGAAAGGUGCAAAUACUACUUGACAAACUCAGGUUCCCUCACCGGGGUUUUCUGGUCUCCAUGGCCAUUGUCCAAGAAUGCACAGGUCCACCAUCCUGCUCUUCCAUCAGCAUAAUUUAUUCCAGUGCAGAGUUAAAAGGAGCCAAGGCAUAUUGUUACAGGGAAGAAAAGAAGUAGAGAAAAUCAUCUCAAGGAAGGCAGUGUUGCUCUGCUACAGUCAGCUGUAGUAAAUCCUUGCUUUCUUUCAAGGUUCUUUUACUGUUCUUAAAUGAUUGAUAAUUAGGUAUAGCUUGAAGAUCUGAAGCAAAUAGUUCAGAACAACAGGCAAUUGGGUUGAAGCUUACUAUAGGAUAGCUUUAAAGACUCUACAACCUGGUUUUCAAUAGACGAUGCCUCUUCAUGCUGGGUUGCAGUUCACAAUGAUGCUCUUCUAUACAAAUUGCUUCAGUGGAAAAUUAGACAUCAAGAAGAAAGCUUAUAGCCUAGUCUUCUCCAGAAGAUUGUAGUUUUCCUUAUGGGGAGCAUUCAUUUGAGCUUGACCUGCAGUCUGUAAAGUGUAUAGCCCAGCACUUUGGUAAGAACUAGGCCUACUUGAGCAGCCUUUUCAUGAAACCUGGAGGAACUGGGAUGAUGGGAAUGUGAUUAGGAAAGGAUAGAGAUAAUGGCAACACGUAUCGAUAUUCCUUAAGGCAUUUAGAGUUACACAGCUGCAUUUUGUUAUGAUUCCAUACCAUAUUCCCUGCUCAGUAACGUAAGAAUUCCACUAGUCUUGCAGUGCAAUCCUAUGUGUGUUUACUCCGAAAUCCCACUGAAUUCAGUGGAGAUCACCCCCUAGCUAGUGUGUAUAGAUUUGUAGCCUUUGGCUGCGUUACAGUUAGCUGUGAUAUUUAGUGUUUGAGAUUUACAUCCCAAUCCUAAGCAUUUCUGUUUGGAAAGCAAUCUAAGUUCAGCUAGGCUUAAUGUUCAGUUAGGCUCAUUUGCUAUGAAGUGUGCUUCGGUUUGCAGCUUACUGUCAGAGCUUAGAUUCAGUUACGCCACUUUAAAAAAUCAUCAGCUUUUUGGAACAGGUCCUGUAUAUCUCUUCCAGAGAUGUCUAGUGCGAAAUGCUUUCAGGGAAUUGAUAGGAAAUGUAUGAUCUUGGGAUCAUUUUGGGUAGAAGAAAAUUUUAAGCUUGUGAAGUAAUUUCAAUACUUCCUUAGCCUGCCUGCCCUGAAUUAAUGUACCAGUUUUAUUUGAAAUACAAACUUACCAUUCAGAUAUGCUUUAAGAUGUCUCAGUGAUUACAAUUGCAUUUGUAAUGAACUGUAGGAUGGGAUUUCCAUGCAGUAAGAGAAGGCUGAAGUCCGUUCAAGUCUUUAAAGAAAUUUCCCCACACAUUUUUUAACAUACUUCUGUUAUCAAGGUUAAAUUUUAAUUAACAUUGGACAAAAAAUGUUUAUAACAUUGGGUUAGAAUUAGUUGUUAGAAUAUGUAUUUAUAAAUUAUUGUGUGUCAAAUCACCUAUUGCAUUUCUAAAUAGUAAGACUAACAUUUUUAAGUAUUAGAAUAAAAUUGCAUCUAACUAUUGAUCUUUGUUACAAUGUUGUGAAUCAUUCAAUGAAUAGACAAGUUUAACUUAAAUUUAAAAUGCCAACUGUUUGAAAAUUGUCUUGUAAAUAAAACACAAAUAUUUUAGAAUA